UUGUGGCGUGCCACGAUGAGGAGUCUGGCGCUGCUGUUAGGGGUGAAAGCCGCUUGCAUCCUCUUGGUGUCUUCGCUCUCGGGCACAGGGGCAGUCAACAACAGCGGCCGGUGGUGGGGUAUUGUCAAUGUGGCUUCCUCGUCCAACCUCCUCACCAAUUCCAAGAACGUGCAGUUGGUCCUGGACCCAAGCCUGGCCCUUCUGAGCCGUCGCCAGCGCCGGCUGAUUCGGCAGAAUCCUGGCAUCUUGCAUGCCAUCGCCGCUGGACUGCACACUGCCAUAAAGGAGUGCAAGUGGCAGUUCCGCAACCGCCGCUGGAACUGCCCGACCACCCACAGUCCAGCAGUUUUUGGCAAAAUUGUCAAUCGUGGUUGCCGAGAGACCGCAUUUGUAUUUGCCAUUACCAGCGCAGGAGUGACCCACGCUGUGGCUCGUUCCUGCUCAGAGGGGGCCAUUGAGACGUGCACAUGCGAUUAUCGCCGCCGAGGUCCUGGAGGACCAGACUGGCACUGGGGGGGCUGCAGUGACAAUGUGGAUUUUGGCCGGAUGUUCAGCCGUGAGUUUGUGGACUCCAGUGAGAGGGGCAGAGAUCUGCGCUACCUCACGAACCUGCACAAUAACGAAGCCGGCAGGAUGACUGUGUCAUCAGAGAUGCGUCAGGAAUGCAAGUGCCAUGGCAUGUCUGGCUCCUGCACAGUGCGCACCUGUUGGAUGCGCCUGCCCAGCUUCCGCACAGUGGGAGACUUUCUUAAGGACCGGUUUGAUGGCGCAUCCAGAGUUGUUUAUGCCAACAAGGGCAGCAACCGUGCCUCUCACCGAGCCGAUCCACGCCAUCUAGAGCCUGAAAACCCAGCUCACAAACCCCCUUCGUCUAUGGAUCUUGUCUAUUAUGAGAAAUCACCCAACUUCUGCUCCUACAAUGGCAAAACUGGCACUCUGGGAACAUCGGGGAGAACGUGCAACAGCUCUUCUCCGGGCCUGGAUGGCUGUGAGCUGCUAUGCUGCGGACGUGGGUUUAAGUCCCGGACUGAGAGCGUGACUGAACGCUGCCACUGCACAUUCCACUGGUGCUGUCAUGUCAGUUGUCUGAACUGUACCAGUACAAGGACGUUACAUCAGUGUCUAUGAUCAAACAUGGGCACCUAGGCACUCAUGUGCUUUAAGAUGUUAGGCUGAAGCUGGAAAAGGUUCAAGGCGGGUAAACUAUUACAGGGAAAUUCUGGCACAAAAAUUCAAUCAGUGUUUUUAAACUUAGGAGAAAGGGAAAGCACAAGUAUGUGAACAGGGUAUAGAAGGAGUGUAUGUCUUACUCUUUAAUACUUAACCUUAAGUAAAUUAACACUACAACGAUUCUUGUAGAAUGGGAAUUGUCCCCCAAGUGUUUACAUGCUAGAUAAAUAGGAGUAAAUGGACAAAAGGAUGUGGUGGAGAAUUGA